AUGAAAUCGGGUGGGUUAGUUCAUCAGUCAAAUCGAGUGGGCAUUCAAGCCGAGUGGAGAAUGAAGCGUGCCGUCUAUGACGAUGUGGUGAGUUUCAUCCAAGCUCAACGCUGGCACUUUGACAAUUGUUUGUUGGCCUUGGAAAAGGCCUUUCCUCAAGAGCAUCCUCGCACCUUGCGCAGCAUCUUAGGCCAAGAGUACCAAAAGGUCAUCAAGAAGCGCUUCCCCGUGUACAACACACCCAGCAAGAAGGCUGAAAUCUAUCGUGACUAUCAGAAUCUCGCCCAAAAGAGGUCAGAAGCCGAUCCCAUCGGAAAACUGUCUUCCAAAUUACAUUUCUCGCAAUUCCUCACCGCCCGAAUCAUCCUUGAAGAGCACAUUAGAGCCCAGCCCCAUCUCUAUUUGGACGAGGGUGCGACCGUCACGAAAUACUUGGUCAAUCAGUUGGCCAAGAACCCGAACCUGGUGCUCGACCCCGAGCUCGCUACCCACAUCAAGUGGUGCAUUCACGCCGAUCCUUUGUACGGACCCGUGGUUGAGGGCAUCAAGCAAGCCGUGGGUAUCGAGCACGAAAUUCGAUUACAACGAGAACUCCGUCAACUGGACAUUGACUUUGAGGACGAGAAUUACUUCCGAAAAGUGGGUUGCGACAAGACUCCGGAUGUGAAGCUCGUCGUCCCGUUCAGUGUGGGUCCUAACAUUGUGAAUUGGGUCGAGAGCAAGGCCUUGUUUGGCGAUCACGAAAGCCAUGCCACCUACAUGAAGAACCAGCUUUACAGCUAUUGGAACCGUUUCGGACCUGGAAUGGUCAUCUACUGGUUCGGAUUCGUCGACGAUUUGAACACGAAGAAGCAUCAAGGGAUCUUGGUGUGCGAUAAUCUCCCAUUGAAGAGCAUCUCGCAGCUGGAACUGGAAUUCAAGUGGGACGUGGAUGCUUGGUUGGAGCAAGAAGAGCGCGAGCAAGCCGAUUCCGAAUUGGUCAUUACCGAAAGACUCCACCAACUCCAAGUGUGACUAAACCGUGUUUGAACGCCCAUCCCCCUGAUUAAAGACAAAAUGGCCAGUCAACUGAAUCGAUGUGUCAGUGAGGGUGACAAGUCCACGCUAAAGAUUGCCGUGGUGUGCUCUAGUAAUAUGAACCGAUCCAUGGAAGCACAUGGCUUCCUCCAGAAGAAAGGGUUCAAUGUCAUGUCCUUCGGCACGGGGGACAAGGUCAAAUUGCCCGGCCCAGCCAUGGAUCGACCCAACGUGUACGAUUUUGGCGUGUCCUACGAUGAGAUCCAUUCGGAUCUAGUGCGAAAAGACAAAACACUGUACACUCAAAACGGCAUUCUCCACAUGCUGGAUCGCAAUCGGCGGAUCAAACGAGGCCCACAGCGAUUGCAAGAGGCCAAGGACAGAUUCGACCUAAUUAUCACGGCCGAGGAGCGCGUGUACGAUCAAGCCCUCGAUCAUUUCGAGAAUAAGGGCGGUGUCAUCUAUCAGCCCGCCCAUGUCAUCAAUAUCGACAUCCAAGACAAUCACGAAGAGGCUACGAUUGGCGCGUUUCUGUUCUGCGAGCUCGUUCAACUCCUGGCUGAUUCGUCCGACCUGGAUGACGAGAUUGAUGAACUACUCCAAACCUUUGAGGUCAAGGCCAAACGCGCCAUUCUCCAUACAGUGGUCUUUUACUGACAGCCGUAGUGUGUAAUCGCAACGAAUGUUUCUUGAAUUAACGAAAAAUGAACAAUGUAUUGUCAACCAAACCCAA